AUGGAAUACGACCGCGCCCGUCGCCUCGCGGCCAUCCAGGCCCGUCUGGCCCCUCCUCCUGACGCUGCUCCAGUUGACUCGGUAUCAUCUGGCACGAACGCGUCUCUCAUCCCCGCACCGCGCCAUCUGCCUAAGGCUUGGACUCGGCCCAGUGAGCGCGAGGAACGGGAGAUGAAACGCGAGUUGGCGCGGGUGCUGCAGCGUACGAUCGUUCGCGAUAGCGGGUAUCGGCAGGCUGCGACUUGUGUUGAGACCCUCGUCAAGAUCGCGAGCAACAUCCAGUCGUCGCCUGAUCCCAAGUUCCGUUCCCUCAAAAGCGACAACGCCGCGCUCAAGCACAAGGUCCUCGCCAUCCCUGGCGGGCGCGAGUACCUCGUCAUGAUGGGGUUCCGCGUAUACACGGCAAACUUUGUCCAGAGCUUUGUGCUCGACCAGUCGGACCGGCGGAUGUAUGAGCUUGGGAUCGCGACGGACGUGUUGCGUGAGGCUCUCCCCGACCUCCAAUCCCGCGUAACAGGCAGCAACCUCUCCAAAACCAGCCACAAAGCCGAAGAAGCCGCGCGCAUCGCCGCCGCCAAGCGCCAAAUCGAAGAUGACCGCAACGUGGUCCGUGAGCGGGUCGAACGUGAGCGCGUUGUGCGGGACGUGCGUGCCGAGGCCGAAGCAAAGGCCGAACACGAGCGCAAGGUUCAGGAGGAACGGGAGGAGGCCGAGGAGCGGGCCAAGGCUGCCAGACGCGAGGCUCGGGGUGCUGGUGCGCGGGCGACGCAUCCCCACACUGCGCCUAAUAUGACCUUCGCUGCUGCCCAUGGGGAAGAUGAAGAGUUCCAGCACGAGUACCCGUCUUCGGAUGGGGAGGACUCGGACGAGGGAUACUGGAACCAGCGUCGGUGGGGACAGGGGAACAAGUUGGGCAAGUAG